CGUCUCUAACAUAUGUUAUGUCCAGACUAUAACAAAAACUCAAACCCUUAACUUGAAAGAAGUCGAAGUAGGAGGAAUUUUGGCGCAGCUGUGACGUCACAGGGAGAUUUGAAAUCUAAGCAUAAGGUUGUAUGAACAGUGAUUUUUACUGAGAGAUUAUUCGAAUAUGUCAAUGGGAGGGAACAUAGAUGCCUGUCCUGUUACCAAGGAAACAUGGGAGGCACGAGCAGCAAUAAAACAGGCGGAUUGUGGUGGACAGAGUGUUUAUCAUUGUCUGUCUGACAGUAAAGGUUGGAAGUGGGAACGAUGUGUGGAGAAAACAAAGAUCAUUGCAGGGCAAUGCCCGAUUUUUACUGCUGAUGGCUACAUUGACUGGCAACCAUGUAACACUACCAUCCCAAUGUGUCCAAACAGCACCUAUGUAUCUAACGAAGUGUAUAAAUAUCCAGCUUGUUUUGGUAACAAUACUCCAAAAGAUGCAGAUCUAGGAACCAACACAGGACUGAUCGCCGGACUUGUUACUGCUUUUGUUGUUGUUGCAAUUGCUGUAUUGAUCAUUGUUAUUAUGUAUCGGCGGAGACGAGGCAAUACUGGUUCAGGAAAGCCUGAAGAACAACAGCCCAUGAUCACACAGGCCGGAGUUUCUCAUCAUCAACCGGUGACGGAAGAUAUGCGCGUAGUCAAAAAUGCUUUAGGAACACUAUCACGUGAAAAGUGUGUUGUCAUUUUGGGAAAAUUUGGAAGUUCUGUUUCCAGCACAUCAUUACGUAUACUGACGGCGUAUGUGAAAGAAAAUAAGGACUGGAAAAUCAUCCAGUGUAGAUAUACAGAAAUACCAAAAGUAAUCGACGAGAACACCGUGAUGUUUGUGUAUGGCUGGUUUGGUAUUUGGAAUGAAGACCCUUGUUCCAUGAAAAAUGUAACAAAUGCAUGCAAGUCUCUUGUGGACAUUUUACAUGAAGUCGCGCAUGUCAAAAUUGUAAUUGGAAUGAGGUCCGAUUUGUCAAAGAAAUAUCAUCAAAUGUUAGAAAAAGAAGCAAAGUAUCUCUUUGAUAAAGAAAUAAGUCUUGAUACCGAAAAUGAAGCUAGGUAUGAAGAGUAUAAGACAUAUUUUAAAGAAAACAUUAAGGACCCGUGUGAGAAAAAAAUUUGCGAAUGCCAAGAUCUGGAAUUUGAUAUGUUAAGAAGAGGAAGUCAUAUUGGCAUUCCAUUAAAAAUGAAUGUACUGGCAAAGUUUCAUGAUGAUGUCAUUCCUGCAUAUCUAAUUCAUCGUGAUCUCUUGAAAUCGUUUGUAGAGCACUUGACAGCUUUAAACAAUGAAAAAACCAAGCUAAUUUAUCAAUGGAUAAUGUACAUAUGUUUGAAAGGCAAAUUUGAUCGGUCAAAUGGUUUUGAUGCUGAAUUGUGCGAAAACAUGGGGUUUGUAAUUCAAGGUUCGUCAUUUGAUGGAAUGUACAAAAAUGAGUUAGGAAGAUACCUAAAACCGAGGAAUUCUGAUCAACAAAAUGAUGUUCCCCCUGAAUCAACACAGUACGUCUUCUGGCAUCCCUUUAUCUACAUUUGCGCCUUCCAUUCACUUUACGAGAAGGACCCGGAAGCUGUCUUGAGGCAUUGUAAUAUUGAUGCCAUUAUUCAGCUAGUACGUCCAAAGGAUAAUAAAUCAUUCUUCGAAGUUAGUAUUGAUAAAGAAAAAAUUCCUAUAUUCCUGGACAGAAUGCAUCAGUUAGAUAUGUCAAAUGAUUACAUGCUACAUCCCUUGGUUACAGCGCUAGCGAGAGAUGAAUUAGAAAAUAUGUGUCGUCCGAGCUGA